UAACUUUUGAUAACCAAUCGGAAAGAUGUGUGAGUAUGACAUGUAUGAUGUUGAAGCUCCUCCCAGUCAGAUUAAAAAUAAGUGUUUGUGUGACUGCAAGAGGGAGGAUGAAGAUGUUUGUUCUAUUAGCUGCACUGCUGUUUCUGCAUCAGACAUAUUCUCUGGUUCCAGUGAUGCAAGUUCAGCUUGGUGAACCUGCAACUUUUCCAUGCGCUAUGCCAAAGUUUAAGUUUACCCAACAAGUCGUUUACUGGUACAAGCAGAGUCCAGGGGAUACUUUGAGACAAAUUGUUAAAUUGUCUGUGAAGCAACAAAAAAUAACAAAUUUUACAUUUGGAACACAGUUUUCUGACUUAAGAUGGAAGGUUACUGAUGAUAAAAAGGAAAUAAACUUGACAAUUUUGAGGACAACACGAGGGGAUUUUGGGAUAUAUCACUGUGCAAGCAAGGUUUCCACUGGGAAUCCUGAAUGGAGUGCUACAAAUUUGGCAUUCAAAGACAAUACUGCAAGGGUAUCCGACUACACUGUGAUACAGCAGCCUGCAGUAUCCAAUCCAGUUCGUUCAGGAGACACUGCUAUCUUUCAGUGUUCAAUUUUGUUUGACUCUGAGAAGAUGCCAUGUUCAAAAGAUCCUACCAUCUUCUGGUUCCAAGCAAAAUCCAAUAAUGCCUAUCCGAACGUGAUCUACGCAGACACAAACAGACGUGAUGAAUGUGAGAAGAGAUUUAACACAGAGAAAAGUUGUUUGUUUCAGUUCUCAAAAGUUGUCAGCUCCUCUGAUGCUGGGAUGUUUUACUGUGUUGUGUCCUCUUGUGGAAAACUGUUAAUCGGAAAUGGAACCAGAUUGGAAAUUGCAAGCAGCACAAGUUUUGAAUUUACGGCCCUGGUGACUGCAGUGUCCUGCCUGGUCUUUUCUUUGAUUUUAAGUGUUGUUUUCAUCUGUUGCCAAGCUCCAACGGCAGAUCAAAAACCAUCCCAUGGGAUGGAAAGCAUCAAUUUACAAGAAACACUACACAGCUUGACACAGAAAAUACCUGCUGAAGGUGGAAACGAAAACUAUGCUGCAUUACAUUUCUCUACAAGUAAGAAACGAUGUGAAGGCCGGAAGAAAAAAAUGGAAACAGAAGAGUGCUUUUACUCUGAGAUUAAAAUCUGAACAUCAACAAAUAUUGCAGUGAAAAAUCAAAUGUAGCUGCUUUUUAUUGCAGAGUAUUUUAAAAUGCACCCCAAGCCAUUUGAAAUUAUCUGUAUUUUUAAGGGAUGUUUUUUUUAAAAAAAAAAAACUGCAUCUAAUAGCAUCCAGAAUCUUUCUCUUUGAAAUGUGUGUCGUUUGUUUUUGUCUAAAUUGGUUGCUUCAUAGGUACUUCAACACAAGUAGUAAAAAAGAACCCAGAAGUACUCGAGUGUUAUAUUUCCAUGUUAAUCACAUUCAUUUGUAUUACUAAUCAGUUAGAAUCAGAGUAUGCUAUCUGUAAUUGUUACGCAAUAAUUUGUUUUCCUUUAUUGUACAGUAUGUUGUUCUUUGUUUUAUGUAUUUUAACUUUGUGAACUUCAAUUGCCUGUCAUAUUAUUAAUAAAGUAAUAACUAGGUACAGGGUUUGUCUCUGUGUAUUAUAACC